CCAUGAGGGUCAAGUAGUCCAGCAUUCUACAGUUUGUGUGUCUGACAGAAAAGUGAGCCUCCAAAAGUGAUCUAACCAUCAGAUUGAGUAGUUUCUGGGUUCUGCUCCAGUGGAUCUGAUUCCUGUCCUGUAGCUUUCUGGAGGAUUAACGUUGAGCAUCAUUAGUGAAUCUCAGCUGCUACAGCUGCUACCUCUGUACACCACAGCAAAGGCUUUGGAGAGCUUUUUCAGUUAAAACAAUAAUGACUUUCUUGGAGUAUAAUCCCAUUGGAGCCUGUUUUCUGUGUAGCCUGGAAGAAUACCUAACUACCAUUGGCAGCUCUUCAGAGACCUUAUAAAAACCACUACAUAAAACAACUGAGUGACUCUAGGUUGCUCAGGGAGACCUUCAGAAUUGGGGAUAUCUAUUCAUCUAGAAGAUUCAACCAUUGUUACUCAGAGCUGCUGCUGAAAUACCAUGUCUAAGAAUUCAGAGUUCAUCAAUCUGUCAUUUUUAUUAGAUCAUGAGAAGGAAAUGAUCCUGGGAGUCUUAAAGAGAGAUGAAUAUUUGAAAAAAGUGGAGGACAAGAGAAUAAGGAAGCUGAAGAAUGAGCUCUUAGAAGCAAAACGUAGAAGUGGGAAAACUCAACAAGACACCAGCAGAGUCUGUGUCCAUUGUCAGAGAAACCUGGGCUUAAUAUUUGACCGGGGAGACCCAUGCCAGGCCUGCUCUCUAAGAGUGUGCAGCGAGUGUCGGGUCUCGGGCCUUGAUGGCAGCUGGAAGUGCACUGUCUGUGCUAAAGUCGCGCAGCUAAGGAUUGUAACCGGUGAAUGGUUUUUUGAAGAAAAGGCGAAGCGUUUCAAGCAAGCCAAUGUUCUAGGCACUGAUGUUGUCCGGCAGUCCAUCUUAAGAAGAAAUCCAGGAGCUGAAGAAAUACAAAGCCAAGAGCAAACGCGCCAGGAUGCAAAAAAGUCAAACACUUUACCUUCUGUUGGGCAGAAGGCCAGCCAUGAUGGGCCCAGGAGAAAGGGAUUUCUUCUUAGCAAGUUCAGAUCAGCAACCAGAGGAGAAAUCAUCAUAACUCCAAAAACUGAAAGUGGGCGGAGCUACAGCGUGGAUUUAGAUAGCCAACAUUUUCGGAGUUUAAAGUCAGCCCCAGGUUCCGACAGGGGAAGCACUGGUUCAUCAGAUCUUAAUGACCAGGAAGCUGGUCCUGGGACUCCGAAGAGCAGCCAGAGCAACAAUAUGACCCCAGUCACUCAGAGGUCACCCGCCCCAAGCACACGUAGCAUGACCUCAUUCAGCAGCAGAGAACAUGGUUUUGAAAAUUCCAUGGAUUUGGCUGCCUUUGAAAGCACCUCAGAGGACCUCACAAAGAGUCAUCGCAGAAACACUUCUGGCACACCUUCCAUAGCAAUUUCUGGGGCUUCCUUCUCCUCAGACCGGAGUCAAUCUGAGUUAGAUUUGAGUGGAUCAUUCACAGAAGACUUUGAGGAUACUGUAAACCUAAGAAGCAAGUCUGUCCCUGGGGUUUUAGACAAAGACUUGGACUUCUUGGAAGAAACCGAAGAAGGCAUUGAUGACUUAGUGUCCUCCCGGUUUUCUGCAAACACCCGCAGUCUGACAAGUGGCCUGUCAACCAAUUCUAAAACAGGCUCUGACAGGAAGUGGACCUACCUAAAUGUUCCUGAUGCUGACUCAGACACUACCAGCCUUAACAGCAUGAUGAGCGUUUACAGUGAAACGGGAGACUAUGGCAACGUGAAGGUCAGUGGUGAAAUACUUCUCCACAUCAGCUACUGCUACAAAACUGGCGGGCUCUACAUUUUUGUCAAGAACUGCAGAAAUCUGGCCAUAGGAGAUGAAAAGAAACAGAGGACAGAUGCUUAUGUCAAGUCAUACCUUCUUCCUGACAAGUCUAGAAACAAUAAACGUAAGACGAAAAUCAGAACAGGCACUAAUCCAGAAUUCAAUGAAACACUAAAGUAUACCAUCAGCCAUACCCAACUGGAAACAAGGACUCUGCAGCUCUCAGUCUGGCAUUAUGAUCGAUUUGGACAUAACAGCUUCCUUGGGGAGGUGGAGAUUCCUUUCGACUCAUGGAACUUUGAAAAUCCAAGUGAUGAGUGGUUUGUGCUUCAGCCCAAGGUGGAAUGUUCUGCUGACAUUGGCCUUCAAUACAAAGGAGAGCUGACAGUUGUUUUACGUUACAUUCCCCCAGAGGAGAACCUGAUGCUUCCACGAGAACAACUUCAAGGAAAGAAGACCAUUAAAAGGGGAAAGAAGAAGGAGUCACCUAUAAUUUCUGGAGGGGUACUAGAAGUGUUCAUCAAAGAGGCAAAGAAUCUGACCGCGGUGAAGUCAGGAGGCACUUCCGAUACCUUUGUGAAGGGCUACCUGCUCCCUGAUGAUAGCAAAGCCACCAAGCACAAAACUCUGGUGAUAAAAAAGAGCGUUAACCCUCAGUGGAAUCAUACUUUCACGUUCAGUGGCCUGCAUCCCCAGGAUUUAAAGAAUGUUUGCCUAGAACUUACCGUCUGGGACAAAGAGGCCUUUUCCAGCAACAUCUUUCUGGGAGGAGUUCGUUUGAAUUCUGGAAGCGGUGUGAGUCAUGGGAAGAACGUGGAUUGGAUGGACUCUCAGGGGGAAGAGCAACACCUUUGGCAGAAGAUGGCCGACAAUCCUGGGACUCCUGUAGAGGGUAUACUCAUGCUCCGUUCCAGCAUGGGGAAACGUCAGCUCUAAAGCUGCAGAUGUAUGUCAGCAGGAUCAAGUACAAUUUAACUGCAUAAACCCUCAUACCAACUCCAGCACCUUAAUUGUACCCUGACUGUUGACAGCAAUCAGCACAUUGGAUUCCCCAUCUGGCAGUGCCGUCCAGCACACAGCACUAACAAAUUCAUUUGUAUCAAAUUUGACCAGGAUUGUGACUAUUUUGUGAUUGCUGGGGUUACAAAGAAGAUGACACUCUGUGAAUAUGGCACAGUCAUUUAGGAUACGGUGGAUAUUCAUUACCCUGAAAAUGAAAUGAUCAGAAGUUCCAAAAUCAUCUGUAUCAUUUGGAGUAGUUAUCAUAAGAACCUAUUAGCCAGCAAUGACUAUGAAGGCCCUGUCAUCUUAUGGGAUGGAUUCACAGGACAGAGGUCAAUGGUCUAUCAGGAGCAUGAGAAGACAUUGGAGUGUCGAUUUUAGUUUGAGGGAUCCUAAGCUCUUGGAUUCAGGUUCUGAAGAUGCAAAAGUGAAGCUGUGGUCUACCAACCUAGACAACUCACUGGCAAGCAUUGAGGCGAAGGCUAACGAGUGUUGUGUUAAAUUCAGCGCCUCUUCGAGAUACCAUUUGGCUUUCAGCUGUGCAGAUCACUGAGUCCCCUACUAUGAUCUUCGUAACACUAAACAGCCAGUCACGUAUUCAAAUGACACCGAAAAGCAGUUUCUUGUGAGUGAUAAGGAAAUUGUCUCCACCUCAACGGACAGCCAGCUAAUGCUGUGGAAUGUAGGGAAACCAUACUGUCUACAUUCCUUCAAGGAUCAUCUCAAUGAAAAAAACGUUUUAGGCCUCGCUUCCAAUGGAGGUUACAUAGCUUGUGGAAGCGAGAACAACUCUCUUUACCUUGUGCUAUAAAGAACUUUCUAAGACUUUGUUAACUUUUCAGUUUGAUAUGGUCAAAAGUGUUCUGGACAAAGACCAAAAAGAAAAUGAUAUUUUGAUGGGACUUCAUAUUCUUGGCUUCCCUUUCCUUAAACUGACACAGAUACAUGACCGGUGAUCAUUAAAUACUUA